GGUAUCAGAGAAGAGUGCAUGUGUGUAGAAAAGAGCAAAAACGCGGCGAAAUGCUCUACAGUCAUGUCACACUUCUCAUGCUUCGCGUUGUCGAUGUCGUUGCAAAGACGACGGUCCAACAGUCGGCACGAAUGCUUGUGGCAGAGAUUCAUGGAGAGAUACAGAUCGGCGCACUCUUUCCAAUCCAUCGCCAAAUCGCCGGAUCUGAGAGCUGUGGCGAAAUAUGGGAACAGUAUGGAAUUCAAAGAUCAGAAAUUGCAAUGCUCACAGUGAAACAGCUCAACGAGGAAUUGCCAUUCAAAUUAGGCUUAUCUAUACGAGAUUCAUGUUGGACAGAACGAAUAGCAAUGGAACAGACAAUAGCAUUUUUACGAGAAGGAGUUGCACAAUGUUCAUGUUGUCAAACACCUGGUUGUAACAAGAAAAGUGUUCCUGUGGUGGCGGUUAUUGGUCCUGGAAAGAGUUCUUCUACUAUUGCAGUACAGAAUUUGCUACAGGUUUUUCGAAUACCUCAAGUCGGAUACUCCGCCACCACUCCAGACUUAUCCGACAAAGAACAAUUCGGUUAUUUUCUUCGUGUUGUGCCAUCUGAUGUUUUUCAAGCACAAGCAAUCAAUCGAUUACUACAUCAUUAUAACUGGACAUAUGUUGCAGUUUUAUAUUCAGCAGGCAACUACGGAGAAAAAGGAUUCGAAAGUCUCGAAAAGCUAAUUGCACAUCGAUCAUCAUCAGUCUGUAUAGCGUAUUCAGAAAAGAUUAAGACUUUGGCAAGUGAACAAGAAUAUCGACAAGUUCUUACACGACUCGAUUCUCAAAAUUCUCGACCUCAAGUCGUCGUAUGCUUCUGUGAAGGAGCUUCAAUGCGAAUGUUCUUUAAAGCUCAAAAACAUUUGGCCGAUGGAAAAAUGCAAAUGAAACGAUUUCAAUGGAUUGGAUCUGAUGGAUGGGCUGAUAGAAAUGAUGUUGUUGAGGAUUUAGAAGAAGAAGCUGAAGGAUCAUUUUCAAUUCGAAUUCAUGCUCCAAAGAUUCCAGGAUUUCGACAAUACUACACAGCUCUUCAUCCAGAAAAUAACACUAUGAAUCCAUGGUUUCGAGAGUUUUGGCAGCAGAAGUUCAAUUGCCAGUUCGCGGUUUCAAAAGAAGACAAAAACAAUGAAAACAUCCGAAUCUGUAGUGGUGAUGAGAAUUUAGAUGAACAAUACAAAGAAGAUCCAAAACUAUCACAAGUAAUCAAUUCGAUCCGUGUGGUUGCUCUCGGCUUGAAGGCUAUGUAUCAGGACCGGUGCCGUGACAAUUCAACACUCUGCACAGAAAUGCUCUCUAGAAAUGGAACAUUGCUUUACGAAUACUUGCUAAAUGUGACUUAUAGUGAUCAAUUUAAACAACCUGUAUACUUUGAUAGAAAUGGAGAUCCACCUGCAUGGUACGACAUCCUCAACUAUAUUGGAACCAAGGAUCUUGAUAAUCCGUACAAUGAAGUUGGAUCAUUCAAAUCGAUUAAUGACUAUGGGGUUGAAGAGCUUGAUAUGACUGCUAAAUCAAUGUUUUUCGAUAAAACUGAACUUCUACCAGAAAGUGUUUGCAGUCGACCUUGUGGAAUUGGUCAAAGGCAACGAGAAACAAUGGCGUGUUGCUGGAUUUGUGAAUCUUGUCUGGAUAUCCAAUAUGUGAAUAAAACAACAAAUCAAUGUAUGAAUUGUACUCUUGGCUCAUGGCCAAAUGCGAAUAGAACAGGAUGUGAAUAUAUCAUUCCUGAAGUUGUUUCAUGGACUUCUUUUGGACAUAUCUUGGCCCUUGUUCUAGCAGUAACUGGAAUCAUUACAAGUAUGGCAACUCUUGCUGUAUUCCUUCGUCACAACUCAACACCAGUUGUGAAGAGUACAACAAGAGAACUGUCAUAUAUCAUUUUAUCUGGUCUUGUUGCGUGUUAUGCUGUAUCAUUUGCAUUACUUGCAACUCCAUCAACAACUUCAUGCUUCAUCACAAGAGUUAUACCACCAAUUGCAUUUGCUGUUGUAUAUUCGGCUUUACUUACAAAGACAAAUCGAAUAGCGAGGAUAUUAGCUGGAAGUAAAAAGCGAAUAUUGACAAAGAAACCACGGUUUUUGACUACAUUUUCUCAGGUAGUGAUAACCUGGAUCCUUGUAGCAGUUCAAUGUGUGAUCGUCGGAGUUGGUUUGAUGCGGGAUUGGCCGGAUGCCACGUAUGCCAAGUACGCAUUGCCAAGAAAGUUGAUAUUAGAAUGUGACACUGAAACAAAAUCAUUUCUAAUUCCAUUCUUUUGGGACUUUUUUCUGAUUACUUUGUGCACACUAUAUGCAUUCAAAACAAGAAAUCUUCCGGAGAACUUUAACGAGGCAAAGUUCAUUGGAUUUACUAUGUACUGCACAGUAGUUGUCUGGAUUGCAUUUCUAGUACUUCACAUGGGAACAACUCACAAGGCAUUAGUGAUGAGCUUCUCCUAUUCAUUAUCCGCAUCUGUGGCUCUUGCUUUGCUAUUCUUUCCGAAGUUAUACAUAAUUUUGAUGCAUCCUGAGAAGAAUAUCAGAGCAUCUUAUACAACUACAAAGCUCAUAAGAUGUCAUUUCGGAAAUUCUCAAGCUGCCUAUGAUAGUACAAGUAAACAACAACAUCUUGGAUCGAAGACGACUGCAAGAACGUCUGUUCAGAGUGGAUCUGCAAGUAAAUCUUCAAGUAUGGGUGGAGGAGUCACACGAACAGCAUCGGUUCAUGUACCUGUUUCCCGUGGAAGUACACAUUCAACUGAUGUCUCAACACAAACUGAAGCAGCAAGUAAAUUCUCUCGAAGCUUCUCAAUAGUUGGCCGGAAGAAACAAGGUCUUGAUGAUGAUGUGCAACAACUUGUUGAUGCUUGUCGAAGAUAUCAAGACGAAAAAAUCAACUCAUCGGCUGCAAAUCUACUUCUUGAAGAAUCUGAAGAUGAGUUGCUCCGAAGUCGAGGUGUUCAACCUCUCGCGCUGUCUCAAGCUACACCAUUAUGAGUGGCAAUCAACAGUUAAUGAGCCCAAUGGGCUCUGUGAGCUCAUCUGCUGGCUCUGGAUCUCCUAGUCCAAUGUCAUCAUUUGAUCAUUUGUCAGAUGAAGAACUUGCUCAGAUCUCCGUUCGACAGCUCAAUCAGAAACUUAUGGGUCAAGAUAGAAACGUGGUGAUGCAAUGGAAACAAAAACGAAGAACUCUGAAGAAUCGAGGAUAUGCGUUGAAUUGCCGUGCGAGACGAGUCAAUAAUCAGGUACAACUGGAGGCUGAUAAUAUGAUGCUUCGAAAUCAGAUAAAAACUCUUCGAGAAGCUCUCAGUGAAGCCCAAAUGAGACUACAUUACUACGAGCCAGUGUUCUAUCAGGCAUAUCCAAGUAUUGUACCAAGUACGACGUCUCCAGUAACUGUAUCUCUACCAACAAUUGCUCGACCAAUACCAGUUCCACCUGAUUCGACAGCUACUGUCACCAAAUUCGCAACGGAUUUCAAGCAAAUCUUUUGA